AUGGCUUGUGGAGGAUGCUGGGCCUUCAGUGUGGUGGAGGCCAUUGGAACGGUAUCUGCGAAAGAUGGUGGAAAACUGCAGCAGCUCAGUGUGCAGCAGGUUUUAGACUGUUCUUAUGAAAACGAGGGCUGCAAUGGCGGAUCUACUGUUGGAGCUCUGGAUUGGCUCGCACAGACUAAACUAAAGUUAGUAAAUGAGGCGGAGUAUCCCUUCAAAGACGAGGCUGGGAUCUGCCAGUACUUUCCUCAGUCUCACGCUGGAGUGGCAGUGAAGAAUUACUCCGCUUAUGACUUCAGUGGUCAGGAAGAGGUGAUGAUGAGUGUGCUGGUGGAGUCGGGGUCUCUUGUUGUCAUCGUGGAUGCCAUCAGCUGGCAGGAUUACCUGGGCGGCAUCAUACAGCACCACUGCUCCAGCCACAACACCAACCAUGCCAUACUGAUCACCGGUUGUGAUACCACAGGGGAAGUGCCAUAUUGGAUAGUACACAAUUCAUGGGGGACCUCAUGGGGUGACAAUAGAUAUGCUUACAUAAAAAUAGGGAACGACAUGUGUGGAAUUGUGGACAAUGUUGCUGCUGUUUUUGUGUAAUUGUCGAUAAUCUUUGUACUUCCGUGAAAAGGUUGUGGCAGAUCGACAUUUUAAAAUAUCACCCUAAGGAUGGAAAUCCUCCAGUAUUGCUGAUGAGAAUUGUACAAAUUCUCAUGGGGAUGCGGAUAACAAAUCCUGUUGCCUCUCGAUUGCGAAGGAAGUACGCUGCUAUUUGAGCUAAUACACCACAUUCCUAAUCCCAGCCACUGUAGCCCAAAAUAAUCAGUCAGAGCCGGAUUUCAUUUGAGUUAUGCAACACACACCAGCUAGAUUCGUCAAUAAGAAUGUUUUGAUCUUCA